AUGCCUAGCAAGCUUCGCCCGCUCGGAAAGAAUGGUCCUCUCGUACCUGCCCUAGGCUUUGGCUUAAUGGGAAUGUCCCAGCAUCACUAUGGAGCGAUUCCAAGUGACGAGGAGCGGUUUGUCCUGCUUGAUCAAGCGGUUGAGAUAGGGGCAACCUUCUGGGAUACUGCCGACCAAUAUGGCGACAACGAGGAGCUUCUUGGUAAAUGGUUCAAGAGAACUGGCAAAAGAGAUCAGAUAUUCCUUGCAACGAAGUUUGGUUAUGUGGAACAUAGCGAAACAUUCGAGACUGAUAGUUCGGCCGCGUAUUGCAAGAAGGCCUGCUCCAAGAGUCUGGAGAGACUCGGUGUGGACACCAUCGACUUGUACUACUUACACAGUGCCAAUUACGAGACACCAAUUGAAGAAACCAUGCGUGCCUUGGUUGAACUUCAAGUCGAAGGCAAAAUCAAACACAUCGGCUUGUCCAUGAUAACCUCCGCCACCCUCCGCCGAGCAUGCAAGAUCGCGACCAUCGCUGCCGUACAAACAGAGUACUCAGUCUUCUCACGCGAAAUUGAGGGAACAGCCGGAACCGACCUCCUAGCCACCUGCCGUGAACUCGGCGUCGCGGUAGUCGUCGCAACACCGUUAGGACGAGGCCUGAUCACGGACGCCUUCAGCAAAGGAGAAGCAAUCACCGAUGGUCCAGACAUCAGACCAGCCAUAAUUCCACGAUUCAUGGCGGAAAAUGCACCCACAAAUACAGACACCGUCAACAAGUUCAAGAUAUUUGCUGACAAGAAGGGUUGUACUAUCGCACAGCUUGCUCUUGCGUGGCUGUUGAGGCGAGGAGAUGAUAUUUUCCCUAUCCCGGGUACGAAGAAGAUCAAGUAUCUUGUAGAGAACUGGGCUGCUCAAGAUGUUUCUCUUUCCGAUGAGGAAGAGGCUGAGAUUGAUACAUUCCUUGACUCUGCUACUAUCUUGGGUGGUACUGUUCCGCCUCAGUUUGCAUCUUAUAUUUUCAAGGAUACUAGAGAAGAGUUUGCCUGA